AUGUCGUCCAACAGGAGACCUACAACUGGAAUAGGGGGUGUAAAUGAAUCUCCUACAGCUGACGCGUACUCUUCACGGAAACGUGGUUCGGUAUAUGGCCUCUCCGGCGUCCCUCUCGAUGUUCUAGCGAGUCCAUCAGAGGCUUCAGAUAUGCUCUCCCCUCUCAGGGCAGCUAAUCGACUCAUAGAAUCGAUUCUCGAGGCUAUUCAGGAAAUCAAUGAUAAUGAACCCGAAUGGACGGAACUUGCACACCAUCUCGAAGGGUAUUGGUCCGAUAUCGAGAACAGGAUUGAAUCGUUCAAAGACUAUUCCUCAGAACAAGGGCCAUCGACGACGCUUUCAGGCGGCCCUUCACCGUAUAUGUCGAGUAUAUUUCUCAAGGAUCUUCACGUUAAAAUCGCCAAUCUUAGGCAUAAACGCAGGGCCCCAGUGGACCUAUUUACCAAACGACGCAGAAUGAAGAUUGACCCAGAACUCGUAUUCGAAUUCGGUCGAAAUAUUGACGACCAGCAUGGGAAAUUCAUGGAGGCGAUCAGUCUCUAUACCCCACACUGCUUUCAUCCUUUGAAAGAAUGUCUCAAUAAUACCAAGUCCAAGGCGAUGAAUAAUCUCACACAAGGCGAAGCAAGUGCCAUAUUGCAGCUACCAAUGGCAGCAUUUUCGGUUUCUUCGGUCCACAGAACUUGUCUUCAAGGGACGCGUGAAGCUGUGCUUCAGACCAUCUGGAGGUGGGCUCGCGAUGAUAGCGCAGAGAAACCGAUAUUCUGGCUCUGUGAUAUAGCCGGUGCGGGCAAGUCCACAGUCGCAAUGUCCGCAAUAGAAGCAUGGCAAAAUCAAGGAACCCUAGGGGCACACUACUUCUUCUCGAUGACCAGUUGCGAAGGAUCCAGUGUGGACAAGUUCUGCUCGACCAUCGCAAGACGUCUGGUCGAGCACAUACCCGAACUUGCGCCACGAAUUGCCCAGGCUGCUAAGCAGAACCCAUCGGUCAUGCGGUGCCCAUUGAGCGAGCAAUUUCAAACGCUCGUCACUAGCUCGCUUCAUUAUUGGUCUCACCCCGUGAUCAUUGUCAUAGACGGCAUUGAUGAGUGCAAAUCUGGUGCACAGCGGAAGAAACUCCUAAACACGCUUGCGAUGGCUGCUCGCGAGUGCAGCAGACUCAAGAUACUCAUCACCAGUCGCCCAGACCCUGUGAUUGAGGGGAUCUUACAGCCGAUCUCGAUUAAAUCAAAACUAGAUAUUGGCCCUCACGACUUCAAUCAUGGUACCGACGAUGACACUGCGCUCUAUAUAAAUCGAUCUCUAACUGGCGUGCUACCCGAGGACAAGAGACAAUUACUGUCUCAAAAGUCUCAUGGGCUAUUCAUUUGGGCGAGUAUCGCUUGCCAAAUCAUCAACGAGAAUACAGCGGAUUCUUCGAGCAUAUGCGAGCGCUUGAUCGCAAUGGACGGGAGUGGCAAUAUAGAAGACCUAUACGACCUUGUUUUCGAGACCACCGAUCCAGGCUUCCACUCGACGAUGCGUGCUAUGCUAGCGCUCCUGCUUGCAUUAUUCGAACCGCUCACAUCCAACGAUAUGAACGAUCUCUUCAAGUAUGCCGGAGUCCACGGAAGCAUUGACUCACUCGUACGGAAACUUCGAAGCGUAGUUUUCCAGGACCGCGAGACCGGUGUAAUCCAAUUUCGUCAUUCGACCUUCGUCGAAUAUCUUGGACGUCGCUGCACCGCUCCACCUAUCAAUCGUCACGACAAGCUAUUUAUCGAUGUUACGAACGCACAUGGUCGUAUCGCGUCAUGGUGCCUCAAAGGCCUCAAGGAGAAUCUCAGAUUCAACAUAUGCAAUCUCGAGUCGUCAUUCUACCUAAAUCACCAGGUUCCAGACAUCCAUGAGAGGGACAGCGCUCCACAUAUCUACAUCUCAGCACUUCCUUUCACUCCCACAAAGUCGAUGCUCCAUGUUGAGGGUAAAAAGGUGUAUCGAAAUACCCUUACCGUGACUCAGGGUCUUCAAGAAGACUACAGUGGUCCACCCGAAACGCUUCAUGGCCACGAGGAUUCGGUCAGAGGUAUCUCAUUCUCAGCAGAUGGCUCGAUGUUUGUCUCCGGGUCCGCGGAUACUACAAUUCGACUUUGGGAUGCAGACACAGGUCAGCCAGUAGGUGAGCCAAUCCGAGGUCACACAGACUCCGUUUUGGCUAUUGCCUUCUCGCCAGAUGGCUCGAAAAUUGCCUCUGGCUCAUCCGAUCAGACGAUUCGAGUGUGGGAUGUAGAGUCAGGGCAAAUAAUAGGAGAACCGCUUCAAGGCCAUGAGCACCGAGUCAGUUCGCUAGCUUUCUCACCUGAUGGAUCACGAAUCGUCUCCGGCUCAUGGGAUUUCACCGUCCGACUAUGGGAUGCAGACCUGGGGGCGCCAGUCGGGGAGCCACUUCGAGGUCACGAAGAAUGGGUGACGUCCGUCGCAUUCUCACCGAAUGGAUUACUCGUUGCAUCCAGCUCCUGGGAUAAAACAAUUCGACUGUGGGAGGCAGAAACUGGCCAACCCGCCGGUGAACCACUACGCGGCCACGAGAGUUGGGUCAAUUCUGUCGCAUUCUCGCCUGAUGGAUCCAAACUUGUCACAACUUCAUGGGAUAUGACAAUACGACUAUGGAACGUGAAGACUGGGAUGCAGCUGGGAACCGCAUUCGAAGGUCACGAAGACGAUGUAAAUGUAGCAGUGUUCUCGCCAGACGGGUCAAGGAUUAUCUCCGGCUCGUUGGACAGCACAAUUAGAGUGUGGGAUCCGGCCAACAGCAAGCAGGUAGGAAGCGCACUUCAAGGCCAUCACGACUCGAUCAUGACCAUCGCAUUUUCGCCAGACGGCUCAACAUUUGCCUCUGGAUCCUCUGAUGGCACCAUUCGAUUGUGGGAUGCCAAGGAAAUUCAACCGGUAGGAACGCCGUGCCAAGGUCAUGGUGAUUCAGUCCAGGCCGUCGCAUUCUCGCCGAGCGGGGACCUGAUAGCAUCCUGCUCUUCCGACGAGACGAUUAGACUCUGGGACGCAACUACUGGCCGACAGGGCACGAAAGGGGGUGUUGAUGCAAUUGCAUUCUCCCCCGAUGGCUCUCUCCUCGCUUCGGGCUCAGUUGAUGCUGAAAUUCGACUGUGGGAUGUAAGGGCCCACCAGCAAUUGACAACACCACUUCGCGGUCAUCACGAUUCAGUCAACGCUGUCGCAUUCUCUCCAGACGGCUCGCUUAUUCUUUCUGGCUCAGCGGACAAUACGCUCCGACUUUGGGACGUAAACACUGGUCAGGAAUUGGGAGAACCCUUCCUAGGCCACAAGGGAGCAAUCCGUGCCGUCGCAUUUUCCCCAGAUGGCUCGCGAGUUGUCUCUGGCUCCGACGACGAAACAUUAAGGCUUUGGAACGUGAACAGUGGUCAACCUCUGGGUCCUCCGAUUCGGGGUCAUGAGGGCUCCGUCCGAGCUGUCGGAUUCUCGCCAGACGGCUCACGGAUCGUCUCUGGCUCUUUCGAUCGAACGAUUCGAUUGUGGAAUGUGGAAACUGGACAGCCGUUAGGAAAAUCGCUCGAAGGACAUGAAGAUUUGGUUCAUUCCCUGGCAUUCUCACCCGACGGGCUGAGAAUCGUCUCUGCCUCUGAAGACAAGACUCUUCGAUUUUGGGAUGUGCGUAAUUUUCAACAGGUGGGAGAACCCCUUCUAGGUCACCAGAAUGCAGUCAAUUCCGUGGCAUUUUCCCCAGAUGGUAUACUUGUCGUCUCCGGCUCAUCCGACAAGACCAUUCGACUGUGGAACGUCAACACUGGUCGGCAGUCACAAGAGAUGCUCCUUGAUCAUGAUCAGCCCAUUGAAGCUAAAAAAAUAUCCCCAGAAACUCUAGGAAGGCUCCCUGACUCGAAUGAUGAAUUGGAACUCGAUACAAUCACCUCAGGUCAUUCGCAGAGUGAAGGGAACGAAUUCGCCGACUCAAAUACCGACCUUCGACCCGCGAACAGCACGUCGCCAUGUAUUUCAUUACGCACCAUUGCACCUGGAUUUGGAGAGGGGAUUCUUAUGCCAGAUGGUUGGGUGAAGUCAUCCGGUAAAUAUCUCUUCUGGGUACCACCUGAGAACCGGCAUGGGCUACAGCACUCACCCCGACUGACAAUACCAAUAAAUGGCCCCCUCCGAGCGACCCGCCUGGACUUUACCAGGUUUCGUUGUGGCUCAUCUUGGACCAACGUUCGACAGAUUACCGAUCACUGA